GCCGAGUGGUCUAAGGCGGCAGACUUAAGAUCUGUUGGACGGUGUCCGCGCGAGUUCGAACCUCGCAUCCUUCAUUAUCUUUUUUUUUCAAUUUUUUUUGAUAUUGCAAAAUUCAAAAUCAAAAAAUAAAUUUAUCAAGACUAUUUGAUAUACACUUUCCUUUCUUUUUUAUCAUUAACAUAAUGAACCAUAAACAACUGUUACUGGUGACAUAUGGAUCUUCUGAUUCAAUUGAAAUCACUCUGAAGAUAGCGACAUUAUUCAAAUCAUCUGAAGUGAUUGAGAAUAUUAAUAUCAUAACCUCAUCAUCGAAUCUAAUUGAUCAAGAUCAAAUCAAUCAAUCCAGUCAUUAUUAUCAUGAACCACAGUACGAACAUUUAUAUGAGUUACUUGAAUCUAUAGAAGUUGGUGAUGGCAGUUUGUUUCUUGAUGUUAUACCGAGUGAUCAAGUGUUUGUAUCUCCCUUUCUUCAUAUUCAAAAUAAAUUCACGAUAAAGAAUCAACAAUUAAAGAUUUUCUUAAAUGAAUCAUCAUUUCAAAUGAUUCCUAAUUUAGUACAUAAAGUGAAGGGGGUUAAAGUUAAGAAAAUCCAAAAUUAUAAAAUAGGUCAUGGUUCAAAACAAUAUCUGAAUAUAAAUCAUCAAAUUGAAAUUAAUCUUGAUAUAGUGGAGCAUAAAUUUAAAUUAUUUCCUGAAUUGAAAUUCAUAAUCCUGAAAUUAUUUCAUAAAGUAGAUAUCAAAAUAUCAUCCUCCAAACCAACAGUUACUGCAUCAUUACAACCACAUCCCAUCAUAUUAACCGCCAUCGAUUUAAACCCUGAUGUCAUAAACUUGUCUCCCAUCUUCUUCCCUUCAUCAUCUAACGACGCUGGAGAAAUUUACGAAUACCUCACAUUAUUAUCAUUGGAUUCAAAUAAUGAACAAUUGAAAUAUUCAAAUAAUGUCGAUGACUUCUUAUCCAUAUAUAAAGUACCAACCACGGACAUACCCGAUCGAGAGACAAAGAUUGGAUUGUACAAAUUCAAUUAUCAGCAUGCCAAUACAAAUUCCCUUUCAUUCAUUCUUCAAAAUCCAGCGUGGAAUGUCAUAAGUUUACAAUACUUCAAUCGUCAUAUACUAUUAUUCAAAGAUAUCAAUAAUAUAACCUACAUAUUUGAAUCAAAAUGAAAUCAACGCAAAAUAUCUACAUCCAAAAUAAUAUAUAACAAAAUUAUACAAUAAUUUAUUUAUUCUAUAUACAAGAAUUAAAACCAUAAGAAAUUUAACAAUCUUUAUACAAGUAAGACGAAUUAGAUAGAUAUGAAUCAAUAUACAAGAAGUUUGGAGUUUUUUUUUUUUUUAAUACAUUUUUGUUUAAAUAUUUUUUAC